AUGGACACAGUAGAGAUCGUCAAGAUCACGGAUCUGCUCCGUCGUGGCCGUCCCCUCACCGCAGCAUCAUCUCUCCCCUCCUCGUCCUCCUCCAGCAGCUCCCUGCUUAUCGGCACCGUAACCCUCCCAACUCUAACCCUGAAAUUAUUGACAAACAGCUUCUUCCAAUUUUCCGAUGAUUCAUCAACGAUUUGCUGUGAUAUUCUUUGUUUUGAUGCACGGAUUCUCGGGAAGAAAAUCCUUGUCCUCGCUUGGAAUUUCAUUCCUCUGAAGCACUCCGGGGGAUUUCUGGAUAUUAUCAGAUGGAGCUUUUCGAAUUCGAGUGUCCCUACCGCUCUUAGUCGAUGUUCAAAUGUAGACUCCAUUCCUUUGGCUUUGCCUUCGGUUUCUUCUGAUGAAGAUGCCUCUAAAACUCGCUAUCAGGUUCUCGGAACAUUAGAAUCAAUCAGCCCUAUUUCGGUCAUUCCCUGUUCAACCGGUGCCAGUAAUUCUAAUGUUCCACAGAAUCUUCCCCGUUUUCACUGCGAGUUAUGGCUUGCCAGUGUAGAUUAUAAGAAGUUGAUUACCAUCGGGAAGGAGGAUUCCCAAUUGAUGUAUGAGACGAUGGAAAAUUCGGUUUUACAUCUGCCUAGAUUAUUAAAGAAGGAGCCAUCAUUAACAAGAACAGCUAUGAAUGGAAAGGGAGAGUCAGACAUGUAUACUGGUGUUGUCAAGGGUGUACACAUGCAAGGAAUGGUGGUUGAGCUGGACAAAGAUGUUUGGCUUUUAUUAACUGAUCAAGUUCUUACUCCACCUCAUAGUGCUAGGGUGGGCGCUGUUAUUUCUGCAAGAAAUGUACAUUUUGUCAAUCUAAAAUUUUCUUGGGCAAAAGUGCUUAUACUUGGAGCAUGCUUCAAGACUAGCGUUACUAUAGAAUCAUUCUCACCUUUAGAAUCUGGGUAUAGUUUUCUCUACCUAUCUCUAAGUUAA